GUUUACUUUGUCUUCGAGGUUUCUCGAGCUUCUCUCUCCUGUUCCGUUUUCCGUUCGUCCCCUUCCUGCGAGACAGUAUUCGGCUCAGCUUUCUGCCACCCCCCGGCAAUAUCAAAUCACAUCUGAAUUUCACUUGCACAUAUGUGCAAGCCGGCACCGCAAACGCUUGGUUUUCUCCGUUUUUUCGCCGGCUGCGCAACCUCGAGCCCGGCAGACGCUCUCCGUCCUCUCUGUCAUUUUCUUUCACGGGAAAUCCCGGAUCCGUUCAACAAAAGCCUCCGGCGUUCGUCUUGUCUGUCCCUCUCCCGCGCUUCCUGUGUCGGGGAACUCACUCCGUUUCCAGGUGUACGUACACCUGGAGUCUGCUGUCUCUCAGGUUUCCUGCUUCUGUUUCGCGUUUUCCCUGAGUUCGCCAAUUUCCUUUCUCGCUCCCUCCCCGGUUUUCUCCAUUUUUCUGUCCAAAGUGCGUCUCUACUUCGCUGUCUUGCUGCUGUCUGUCUCCCCGGAGUCACCCGUGAGAGAGAACGGUAACCCGUAGGAGCAGUGAGUCGAAAUUCCCCGUUUCCCGAUACCCGUCCUCCCCUCCUUCCACCCCAAAAAAGGUGGUCUUUUCUCCAAAGUCCCUCGUGCGUGCGAGAGAUUGCUCUCCUGCGUAGUAAAAGGGGCGUUCAACCCGCCCAGACAAAGCUUCGCACCGCGCCGUACGACUCCCGUCGUGCCUUUUCCUCUGCUUCCUUGAGGUGCCACUUCAGAGAAAGGAAUAUCGAUUUCUUCCUUCGAGAACUCCUGGCAAAUACGGGGUCUUGCCUCCACUCUCCCCGCGGAUCGAGUGAGGUCUGCCUCCACGACUCUCAUUCGGGUGUCUACAUCCGGCCGCUAAAUAGGCACUUCGACGUCGUUUCCUUUCGAGCGAGAGCAAGGACUCUCUGAGAAGCCUCGCCUGGCUUCGUCGGCAAUACACUGCGGCGCAAGAGGGACGCAUUGGUCUCCUCGUGAUCUUGUGUUUGUCUUAAAUCGCCCUGUGGAGGACUGACAGUGAAAUUCAAUCUCAGGAUCCCGUUCCCGAAAACUCUUCGGCACGAUGGCGCAACAAUUCCCCAUUCAACUCCACUCCGUGGUCAACCUGGCGGACCAGGGCGUGAGUGCGAGUUCCUUUCGCUUCGGCAACGUGGCGAUGCACGGCGACAAGAAUUUGGUUGUGAAGGACACGGAGACAAACGAGCUGUUCAUCUUCUCUCUGUCUGUUCGUGAGGUCCACGAAGGCCGCGUUUCGCCGUCGUCGCCAGGUUUCUCCUUCACCAAGAAGCCGACGCAGGCGGAGGCGGCGCUGAUGCAUCCGAGCGAGAAGGUGGUCGCCCUCAGAGCCAAGACCGAGGGCUCUGCUGGACACAUGAUUCAAGUGCUGAAUCUCGAAACGAAAGUCCGACUCGGCACCGCGCAAAUGAACGAGCCAGUCGUCUACUGGCGCUGGGUCGCGCCGACUCUCCUCGCCCUCGUCACCGACCGCGCCGUCUACCACUGGACUGUCGGAGAAAACGGCGAGACGACGGCCGAGCCGGAAAAAGUCUGCAGUCGUGAAGGCAGACUCGCGGACGCCGUCCAGAUCAUCUCCUACGCCGUCGACAAAGACCUCAAGUGGUGCAUCCUCACGGGAAUCUCCACGCAGGACGGGGGAAAGACGAUCGACGGGAGCAUGCAGCUGUAUUCGAUGGAACUGAAGAAGCAACAGCAGCUCGAGGGUCACGCUGCCUGCUUCAACAACAUCGUGAUCGACGAAGCUGUGGGACCGCAGCCCGUGAUCUGUUUCACCGAGAAGAAACGAGGCUCUCCGGACUUCAAGCUCCACAUCCGAGACAUCUACUCCUCCAGAGACGGCGGCCAAACUCCCCUGAGGCUUGCGGUCGACCUGAGGAUGCCGGAAGACGCGCCGACGGACUUUCCGCUGUCUAUCCACAUCAGCCAGAAAUUCGGUGUCGUCUACAUCGUCACCAAGGGGGGCUACUUGAUUCUUCUGGACGCCCUUACUGGAACAGAGCUGUUCCGACACCGCAUUCUCCAGGACGCCGUCUUCCUUGCGACAGAUUCUCCGCAGACGGGAGGCAUUUUGACGGUGAACAAGCGGGGACUGGUUUGCCUGUGCAACAUCAACCUGCAAGCGCUCAUUCCGUACAUCAACCAGGCCCUCGUCUACGUCCCGAAUCGCCAGCAGAUUGCCACCAGUCUGGCGAAAAGAUACGGUCUCCCGGGAGCAGAAGAAACUCUCAUGCAGGAGUUUAACCAACACUUUGCGUCGGGCAACUUCAAGACAGCCGCUCGGAUUGCGGCGACGCUGAAGAGCGGAGUGCUGCGGACUGCGCAAGUGAUUCAGCAGUUCAAGUCAGUGCCGACCCAGCCUGGGCAGACGUCCGCCAUCUUGGUCUACUUUUCGACUCUGCUCGAGUACGACAGUCUGAACGCAGUCGAGAGUCUGGAGCUGGUGCGGCCGGUCGCCGUUCAGGGCAGAAAGGACUUCGUGGAGAAAUGGCUUCGGGAGGGGAAGCUGGAGUGCACAGAGGAGCUGGGCGACGUUGUUCGGACGCUGGACGCGCAGCUCGCUGUGCGGGUCUAUCGGGAGGCGAAGGCGGGAGCGAAGGUGCUGCAGACGUUGACGGAGUUGGGGAACUUCGACGAGAUCAUCGCGUUCGCGAAGGAAACGAAGCUGGAAGCCGACUACGCCGGCUUGCUGAGGAACCUGGUGAACGUGCAUCCCGAGAACGCCGUGAAGUUUGCGCAGCAGCUGCUCUCGAGCGAACCGCCGCUCGCGGACGUGACGCAGGUGUCUGAGGUACUGCUGCAGCAACACAAGUAUCAGGAAUUCACUUCGCUGAUGCUCGACUUUUUGAAGGGGAACAAGCCGGAGCAAGGGCCGCUGCAGACGCGGCUGCUCGAGGUGAAUCUCUUGCACUCGCCGCAAGUGGCGGAGACGAUCUUCCAAAUGGAGAUGCUCACGCACUUUGACCGCGCAAAGAUCGCUGCACUCUGCGAGAAGGUUGGGCUCUCGCAGCGCGCCCUGGAGCUCUACACGGACAUUGCAGACAUCAAACGCGUCAUGCUCCAGUCCGGCGGGAAGAUCAGUCAGGAGUUCACGCAGCAGUUCUUCGGGAACCUGCCGCCGGACGCCAGCCUCGAAAUCCUCACUGACAUGCUGCGGAGCUCGUCGCAGAACCUCCAAGCCGUCGUCGCCGUCGCCAUCAAGUUCCACGGACAAAUCGGCACGACGAAGCUUGUGGAAAUGUUCGAAAAGUUCAGCAGCUACGAGGGCGUCUUCUACUUCCUCGGUUCCAUCCUCGCCUUCUCCUCAGACCCAGAAGUCCACUUCAAGUACAUCGAGGCAGCCGCGAAACUGAACCACACGCAAGAGGUCGAACGCGUCUGCAGGGAAAGCAAGUGCUACGAGCCACAAAGAGUCAAGGAGUUCCUCAAGCAAGUGAAGCUUCCGGAUCCGCGGCCGCUGAUUUACGUCUGUGACUUGCACGGCUACGUCACGGAGCUCGCAGAGUAUUUGUUCAAGAACUCGCUUCUGAAGUACAUCGAGGUGUACGUAUCUCGCGUGAACUCUGCAAACGCGCCGCUUGUGAUCGGCACUUUGAUCGACCAAGACGCGGCGGAAGACUUCAUCAGAAACCUUCUGCAGAGCGUCCGCGGCGGCUGCUCGGCUCAACAGCUCGUCGAGGAGUUCGAGAAAAGAAAUCGCCUCCGUCUUCUUCUUCAGUGGCUGGAGGCGCGCGUCGCAGAAGGCAAUCAAGAACCGGCCGUCCACAAUGCUCUCGCAAAAAUCUACAUCGACACAAACAGAGACGCGGAGAGUUUCUUGAAGACGAAUGCGUACUACGACUCGCUGGUCGUGGGCAAGUACUGCGAAGAACGCGACCCCCAUUUAGCCUUCACCGCGUACAAACGCGCGUGGGGUGCUUGCGACGAACAGCUCGUGGAACUGACAAAUAAGAACGGACUCUUCAGACUGCAGGCGAGAUACCUUGUCGAGCGCCAGGCCCCGGAGUUGUGGGCGUAUGUGUUGCGUGAGGAGAAUCCUCACCGUCGCCAGGCUAUCGACCAGGUUGUGUCUUCUGCCCUUCCCGAGUCGUCCUCUGCAGACGAAGUUUCUGCAGCAGUGAAUGCGUUCAUCAACGCGCAGUUACCCCACGAGUUGAUCGAACUGCUCGAGAAAAUUGUGCUCCACAACAGCGACUUUAGCAACAACAAGAACCUGCAGAAUCUCCUCAUCUUGACUGCGAUGAAGGCGGACAGCAGCCGAAUCAUCGACUACGUCAACCGCCUUCACAACUACGACGGAGCUGCCAUUGCCCAGGUGGCGAUGGAGUAUGGGCUUCGAGAGGAGGCGUUCACGAUUUACAAGAGGUUCGGACUGUUCGGGGAGGCUGCAGACACUCUGCUGAAGUCGGCAGAAGAGGGCAGCGAGGCCGACUUGGAGAGGGCCGUCGAGUUCGCGCAGCGCUGCAACGAGGCGGAUGUGUGGAGGAAGCUGGGGCGCGCGCAGCUGAGGCAGAAGCGGGUGCGAGACGCGAUCGAGAGUUUCCUGAAGGCCGGCGACGGCGACGUGUACAAAGAAGUGGUGGAGGCGGCGGCUGCAGAGGACGCGUACGACGCGCUGGUCGACUUCCUCCUCAUGGCGAGAAAGAAGAUCACUGUGAAGGACCAAGUCAUCGACUCGGAACUCGUCUACGCGUACGCGAAAACCGACAGACUGGAGGAAAUGGACGCCUUUCUCAGUGGAACAAACACCGCGAACGUGCAGGCGGUCGGAGACCGGCUCUUCGCUGAACAGCGCUACAAGGCUGCCAAGCUUUUGUACGCGUCACUGCCGAACUACGCGAAGCUGGCGAGUUGCUUCGUUCGCUUGGAGGACUUCGCGGCUUCGGUGGACGCAGCGCGGAAGGCGAAGAAUCCGAAAACGUGGAAGGAAGUUGCGUUCGCGGCCCUCAGCAAAGGAGAACUCAAAUGUGCGCAUGCAGCCGCUCUCAGUCUCAUCGUCCACCCCGACCACCUGGACAGUCUGAUCGAACGCUACGAACAACUGUGCCUGUUCAAGGAACUGAUUGAGCUCCUGGAGCAAGGUUUGCAGGGAGAGCGUACGCACGUCGGCUUGUACACGGAGUUGGGUGUCCUCUACGCGACCUACGAGAGCAGCAAGCUGAUGGACUACAUUCGCCAGCACAGCGGGAAAGUGAACAUUCCCCGGUUGAUCCGCGCCUGCGAGCGGCAAAGCCUGUGGAAAGAGGCGGUGUAUCUACACAUGAACUACGACGAAUACGAACAAGCAGCGAACUGCCUCAUCAUGCACCCUGCAGCUUGGUCGCACGAACUCUUCGUCCAGAUUCUGCAAAAGGUCUCGAACAGCGAUGUGUUCUACCGAGCCAUCAGCUUCUACCUCGAGUACCAUCCCCUGCAACUCUGUCUGCUUCUGAAGUCUCUGGACAAGAAGCUCGACCACUCGCGGGUCGUGCAGCAUGUGCGAAAGGCCGGCCAUCUCGCCGUGGUCGAGAAGUACUUGCGCGAGACGCAGCACCUGAACAUCACCGCAGUCAACGAAGCCGUCAACGAGCUCCUCGUGGAGGGUGAAGAUGUAGACGGACUCCGAGAAAGCAUUCUCGAGUACGACAACUUCGACCAACUUGCUCUCGCCCAGACGCUCGAAAACCACCCCAGAGUCGAAAUGCGCCGAUUGGCCGCUCUGCUCUUCAAGAAAAACAGAAAAUUCAAACAAGCCAUUGAACUCUCCAAACGCGAUCGACAAUACCAGGACGCCAUCGACGCUGCGCGCGACUCGGGCAACACCCAACUUGUCGGAGAUCUUCUGAGAUUUUUCCUCGCCGACUUGGAGGAUCCAGCAGGCUUCGCGGCGUGUCUGUACACCUGCUAUCCUCUCGUCAAGCCUGACGUCGCACUCGAGCUGGCUUGGCGCCACAAAUGCAUGGACUACUGCAUGCCGUUCCUCAUCCAGGUGGUGCGGGAGGUGACGACGCGAGUGGACGCUCUGGACAAGAAGGAAGAAACUCGAGAGAAGGAAGAAGAAAAACAGAAAAAUGCUCCCAAUGACUAUGUGCCUGACUACACGAUGCCACCGACAGGUUCUCCACUGUUGCCUGGCAUGGGCGGACUCGCCCUCAUGCCGCCGUCGUACACUCCGCAGUCGAAUGCCUUUCCUCCAACGCUGGGGGCCUCUGGAAUGAUGGGAUCUGCUCCUGCCAAUCUCGGACAGUCUUUCGCUCCCUUUUAAACUACUGAACUCCUCGGGAGACAGAUUUCUUCUCUCAAACACAGCCUUACACACACAUCUCUAUACAUACAUAUAUAAAUAUAUAUAUAUAUAUAUAUAUAAAGAGAGAGAUAUGUAUGUGUAUAUAUGUAUGUACAUGCAUUUAUGUCUUGAUGUAAGUAUGUAUACCUGCCUGUGCACGUGGAGGGGGUAUGUGGUGUGCUCGGAGAUUUGGGGGGAUUUACUUUCUGGACGUAGCUCCUGUUUUGUGUGUAGCUGUCUUGGAUGCUGCGUUUGUGAGGAGUUCCAGUUUUGACUUGUUACCGGGGAAGGCGACGGCGUUUUUGCGAUGAAAGCACUCGUAUAUUUGUUCUGCGGUAGAGGCGCGAAGAGCAGCUGUUUUCAAGAGCGAGGACAGAAUCGCUUGUCCUCACCGGAACUCGCAGACGCGAGAGAAACAGUUUCUCUGUCUGCUCUCUCGUGUCUCCCCCCUGCACUUGAUCCUCAGUUUCGAGCGUCUCCACAUAUCGUGUGUGGGGUGUGGAACUACGGUGUGUGUCGGGGGGCAUGUCGGCGUCAGUGAGCAGAGAACAGAGAAGCGCGUCUGUGGGCGGCUAAACAAAGAGCAUGUAAAACGCGCGUCGGCUGCAGUCUCACCGGAAAAGGGGACUACCGUCGGAGGUGCGCAUCUUUUUCCAGCAGCAGCUCCCGCGGCCAAUAAAAAGUGAUGUUUUUUCUGAGGAGAAGCGAAACGUUUUGGGCGGCGCCGAAGCUCCCUGCGCGACAGUUAACUGCCGGACUUGCCUUCAAGCUGUAGUCCGGAUUCGCAGCGGUAGAACCGUAGCACAAUGAGUUUUUCACACUGUUUUCAACUGUUUUCGAUUCAAUUCUGUUCACGACCCCAGGCUGAAGCCUCUGCACCCCAUUCUGGCGAGAAG